AUGUUGUAUUUACCAUGGAGAAACGAAGUCGAAGAAUUGUUAGAAAAUGACAACGAAAAUACCUGUAUGGUUCAUAAACGCACGAUUGAAGAGAAUCAAUUGCAAUUUGAUUUAUUUAAAGAAGGCGAACUUGACGAGAUCUUGCUACAAGUACAAGAUGACAAUAACGCCAUUAUUAAUGAUGCAAUUGAUAACACAAUAGCGUCUCAAAUGCUUGAUGACGAGUUCCGUGCAUUGGCAAUACCCGAGAUUGAUAACAAUAUAAAUAUUUUUGACGUUGAGAAUAAUAACGGUAGUGAAUCUAACGAUGACAUACGAUUCAUAAAGUUACCUCCAAUAGUAAGCGAAGAGGAGCUUCUAUUAAAUAUCAGAACACUUAAUGUUAAACAGCGUGCAUAUGUGCAUCAUAUUUUGCAAAAUGUUGUUGAAAAGAAAACUUUUUAUGAAUACGUUGGAGGUGGGGCUGGCGUCGGCAAAAGCCGUUUAAUUAAAGCCAUAUACCAGUCUAUUACUCAUAGGCUCAAUAAUAUACCUGGUAGUAAUCCCGAUUUACCAAAAGUUUUGCUGACGGCACCAACCGGAAAAGCUGCAUUCGGAAUUGGAGGAUCUACUUUGCAUGCUCUUUUCUCCCUUCCAAUCAAUCAAUUUUCGGGCGAAUUGCGGCCACUGAGCAGCGACAGUGUGAACUCCAUACUUGCAAAAUUGAUUAAUGUGAAUGUGAUCAUUAUUGAUGAAAUAUCAAUGGUCGGAUCAAGAAUGCUAGGCUAUCUUGAUGCACGCCUGAAACAGAUAUUUAAGAAUACAAAUCCAUUUGGUGGUAUUUCAAUAAUUGCCUUCGGUGAUUUAAAACAACUUCCACCCGUUGGCGAUCGAUGGAUUUUUAGUUCUAACUCUUCAAACCCUUAUGGGCUUAUUGUAGGUUCCCAGUUAUGGGAUCUUUUCAAUUUUUAUGAAUUGACAGAAAUAAUGCGUCAAAGGGAAGAUUUAAGUUUUGCAUUAGCACUUAAUAGAAUGUCCAACGGUGAAAUGACAAAUGAAGACAUUGAUAUUUUCAAAUCAAGAAUUGUACAGAGUAUAAAUGAAGUUCCACCAGAUGCUAUUCAUUUGUUCAUGUCCAACGAUGAAGCCGAACAUUAUAAUACACUAAAACUAAAUCAAUUGCCUACCGAAGCAUUUACUUCUAAAGCAUACGACAUUGUCAAAAGCAACACUUUGCAACCUGAACAAAGAGCAAAUAUACUCAACAAUAUCAAAAAGCUGAAAACAUCUGAAACACAAGGUCUUCCUUUAGAACUUCGAUUGAAGCAAUCAGCUAAAUAUAUGAUAACCAUCAAUAUCAACACAGCGGAUGGUUUGGUUAAUGGCGCUACUGGAGUUUUAAUGGAUAUUGAUUUUGAAAGAGGAACCUCAAACCCAAGAACUCUUUGGUUAAUGUUUUCAGACGAAAAUGUCGGAAGAGAUGCACGUAGACGAAAUCCCCAUUCAAGAGAAUCGCUUUGGACUCCUAUUGAAAUGUGUAUUAGAUCAUUUCAAUUCAAAAGAAAUGAUCAAAUCUGCAUUGAUCGUCGCCAGUUCCCAUUGGUUGUUGCAGAGGGUAUCACAAUUCACAAGAGUCAAGGCGCUACAUACGAGAAAGUUGGAGUACACACUCGCAAAAAUAUGUCCAGAGCAGCUCUUUAUGUCGCCUGCAGUAGAGCAACAAAUGCAUCAGAAUGGUGA